AUGUACAAGGUCCUGGACCAUGUCACCGAGGGCUCCGUUCCUCGCGAUCCCGAUGAUGGCUGGCGUGCUGUCGACAUCCACAUCAGCCUUUGGUUCAUGGCAACCCUCAGUGACGAUCUGUACCGCCUCGUACACGCCCCCGAUGGUCUGGCGUGCACCACCUGGGCUCGACUCCAUCGAUUCUUCCUCGACAAUCAGUCCACCCGGUACCUCUACCUCAGCAAAGCUCUUCGCACCACCACCCGCGGAGAUAUGACCAUCGUGGCCUACGCCAGUCGGCUUCAAUCUAUCGCCGAUGAUCUCGACGCCGUUGGGCGCCCUGUGGACGACCAGGACCUCGCCCUGCAAUUCGUUGAUGGGCUCGGGCGCCGGUACAAGCUCCAGGCAGAGAUUUUGAAGACCGCCAUGCCUUCCUUCGCCGAUGCCACGGUGCGCAGGUCUACGCCGCACACCACUCCGGUCCGGCUGGCACCACCGGUGGGAGCGGCGGUGGACAUGGAGGCCAGCAGCCUCUGGUUCCAGGGGUCAGCCCGAAUUAUCGGGGGAAGAAUCCCAUCCCCGGUUUUGUCCACGGUCGCGGGCAAGGAGGCCAGCAGCAGCACCACCAGGGCGGGCGCGGUCGUGGCUCCCAGAGCCACCCCUCGACGGGCGCUCGCGACUACGGGGGGCGCGGCGGCGGCCACGCCUCGCAGCAGCAGCCCUGGCUGGGCUAUUUUGCCCUCGUGGGUGCACCCUUCCCUCCCGCUCGCCCCUCCUGGAUGCCUCCGAACGCCGCCGGCGUGCUUGGCCCUCGGCCAGUCCGGCUCAUACGCACGCCCCUCUCCCCACGCGCCACUCCCCGCACGACCUCUCCCUGCGCGCGCCGCCGACCACCUGCGCCGCCGCCAGCCACCGCCCGCGCCACCACCAGCCCCCUCGCCGCCGCCGGCCACCGCCCGCGCCGCCGCCAGCCACCUGCGCCGCCGCCAGCCGCACGCCCCUCUCCCCACGCGCCGCGCCGCCAGCCACCUGCCCGGCGCCCCCGUCCCCGGCGCCCCCGUCCCCGGCGCCCCCGUCCUCGGCAGCCUCCUCCCCGGCAGCCCCCUCCCCGGCGCCCCCGUCCCCGCUGCCACCCUCCUCCCGAGCCCGUCCCCGCUGCCGCCCUCCUCACUGUAA